AUGCGGAUACCGCGCAAGAUAGAAGAACGUCGACGACAACAGACUCGCCGUGGUAUCACGCCCCGCCAGCAAAAUAUUCAACAUAUUAUCCCUCAACAUCUUCGGGUCAUCCGUUUCCGCCGCCAACGCCUCCAGGAAAAUAUACCGACCAUCGCCCUGCUUGCGCUCCGGAUUCCGCUUCGCCUCCAGCGCCACGUUCACGUAGUGAUCCACGACCUCGUGCACGCGGCGAUUCGCCUCGCGGAAUUCCUUGGGGUUAAUCACCCAGUACAGGCCCUGUGCGCGGGACCGCGCGGCGAGGUAAUCCUGUGCGGUGGUGAAAGCCUCGGCGAAACCUUGGGCGUUGCGGACGGCGGAUUUUUCGAGAACGCCCGUUGUUUCGAGGGUGAGGAGGAAGAAGAGGCGUUGGAUGUCGAAGCUGCUGCGGUCUUUGGGGAUGAGGUUGAUGAGGUGGGUGAUGUGGUCAUCCAGCAUGGAGAGAUCGGCGACCUGCAGGAAGAGUUAAUAAUCAACCUCGACAAAAGGAGAGCCUUCGAAUAG